GGUGUCUCCCUAGCUCGCUGCCUCUGGCAAGUGGAGUUUUUAAAAAGCUCGAGCAGAUCAUGUCAUGACGACUUCGCUGCUCCUGCAUCCGCGCUGGCCGGAGAGCCUUAUGUACGUCUAUGAGGACAGCGCGGCGGAGAGCGGAGGCGGCGGCGGUGGGGGAGGUGGUGGUGCCGGCGGCGCGGGGGGCGGCUGCAGCGGAGCCAGUCCCGGCAAAGCCCCAAGCAUGGACGGGCUGGGCAGCAGCUGUCCAGCCAGCCACUGCCGCGAUCUGCUUCCGCACCCCGUGCUGGGCCGCCCGCCGGCUCCCCUGGGCGCCCCUCAGGGCGCCGUCUACACGGACAUCCCGGCCCCGGAGGCAGCGCGCCAGUGCGCCCCGCCGCCGGCGCCCCCCACAUCGUCCAGCGCCACCCUGGGCUAUGGCUACCCGUUUGGUGGCAGCUACUACGGCUGCCGCCUGUCGCACAACGUGAACCUGCAGCAAAAGCCUUGCGCCUACCACCCGGGCGACAAGUACCCCGAACCGUCGGGCGCUCUGCCUGGUGACGACCUGUCCUCCAGGGCCAAGGAGUUUGCCUUCUAUCCCAGCUUCGCCAGCUCCUACCAGGCGAUGCCCGGCUACCUGGACGUGUCUGUGGUGCCUGGGAUCAGCGGACACCCGGAGCCGCGUCACGACGCGCUCAUCCCCGUCGAAGGCUAUCAACACUGGGCUCUCUCCAACGGCUGGGACAGUCAGGUGUACUGCUCCAAGGAGCAGUCGCAGUCCGCCCACCUCUGGAAGUCUCCCUUUCCAGACGUGGUUCCCCUGCAGCCAGAGGUAAGCAGCUACCGGCGCGGGCGUAAGAAACGGGUGCCCUACACCAAGGUGCAGUUGAAGGAGCUAGAGAAGGAGUACGCGGCCAGCAAGUUCAUCACCAAAGAGAAGCGCCGGCGCAUCUCUGCCACCACGAACCUCUCCGAGCGCCAGGUCACCAUCUGGUUCCAGAACCGGCGGGUCAAAGAGAAGAAGGUGGUCAGCAAAUCGAAAGCACCUCAUCUCCACUCCACCUGACCGCCCACCCGGCCGCCCGCCCCGUCUAUUUAUGUCGCCGCUUUGUACCAUAACCGAACCCACCGAAGGACGCUUCGCGGGUGCAGACAAAUAUUUAAUGUUAACAAGAAAGGAGCCGCCCCGCCGAGGCAAAGAGGCUCGGAGGGCGCGGCCUGCCGCCCCCUACUCCCCACCUCAUCCUCAACCUAUGUCCUGUGCAGAUGGGACCUAAGAGCCUCAACAGCUUUGGAGGUGUGUCCGGGUGGGCUGUGGGAGGAAGGCUGCCGGCCUCCACUCCCCCUCGCCCGCAUCCCUCGCCUUGCCAGAAAGCCUAGUGGCAGCAAAGAGCCCGAUCAUUCCAACCAAAGCAGGGUUGGGGAACCCCAGAUGACCCCAUUCUUGCCUCACCCUUUGCCCAGGCAGGUAGACGACCCUCCUGAGGGUGUGGCCUCGAGCAGGACCUGGCGAGCUCAUACUUUACUUCCAGACCCUCCUGUUCCCUGUCCCUUCCGUACUCCUUAGUUAGGCAAGAUUUCCCACUUAAGAUUUUCUGUGCAUAUUUUUAAAGUUGUGUUAAUAUUAAUGAUAAUUAUUAGGGAUCUGGCAUCGUGAUUGGGGUAAAGACAGCACAUAGGUUUUCUUUCUCUAUUUGUUUAAACAAAAUCCGGAAUUGGCCGAGGAGCCACCUACCCCACGACCUCAACCAAGAAACUGAAUAUCCAGGAGCUGCCUUUGCCCCAUUGGCUCCUUGUUCUGCUUUCAGUCAUCAUGCGGAAAUUCAAGGAGGAUGGAAACUCCAACCCCACUGCUAAAUAUGUCUCCUCUCUCUUUCUCUCUUCUCCUCCCUCCCUCUCUUUGUCUCUCUCACUCUCUCUCUCUCUCUCUCUGGUGAGUUUGGGGAUCAGUCCAGGCACAGAAACAGCUUUUUUCUAAGGAAAGGACAAAUUUCUCUUCCGAGGGGAUGGAGAGUUGGUCCCCUGUCAGAGUCGUCCCUCUCUGGUCAUUUCUCCAUGGAGGCCAUAACUGGGGAGAGGCCUCUCACACUUUCACUUUUACUGAUUGUCCAGAGGAAAGCAGUUUUCCUCAAGGAGGUGAAAAUAAUCAGCCCCCAAUUAACCAGCUAAUGUAGAUGCUGCCUAACAUUUCCCUUCUCAAAGGCCAACCUGGUGCUGGGGGGGGACCCCCUCACCUCCUCCCUUCCCACUGGUGCAUUACAAAACAGUGUUCUUUUAAAAUCUUCAUCAGAAAUAGGCUUUUUUUAAAUGUUGUGUAUCUGUAUAUAGUAUUGUGAUGUCUGAAUGACAAUGUACUGAAUGCAAAAA